GACCCCGCCCCCAUUCUGCUGCAGUUGAGCCCGGCGGCUACGAACUCAAUGGAGGAGGAGGAUCUGCAGGAGAUGGUGAUGGAGAGACACGGGAAAUUCGAGGUGUUGAGUGCAGUGGACCUGCAGGCGGCUGAGCAGGAAGAACCCGAGCAGCAGUCUCAGCCCACGGCACCGUCAGAGGAAUUAGAACCUGAUCUGAGAACUACAGAUCCACGAGAGAACACUGUCACUUUGUCAGGAGAUCAAACAGAGAGUCUCACGACUUGUAAGGAAGAAGACGCCAAGCAAACAGAAGAAGACGACUCGGGUUCAACCAGUUCACUUGUAGUGCAACCUGAUCUGGGCAGCAGAGAUGCUAUAAUACGUGAUGUGUCACAAGAGCAAGAGAACAAGAACGAGCAAAAUGAUGGCAGUGUUCAAAGGCCGCAGUCUAUAGAUCCAACGGCUAGUUGUACGCCUAUUGAAACUCUACCAGCAGUGAAAGCCCCAAAAGAGCAGCCAGAUUUGAAGCCAAAACAGCAGAUACGGAUGCAGUCAGCGCCCGGUUCGUCACGAGCAGCAAAACUUGCUCAGCAGAAGCGAGAGGCCGAGGAAGAACGAGAGAGAAAAAAUAAAAUGAGCGAGGCGGCAUUCAACGCCUGGGUUGCAAGAAAAGACGAGGAGAGAAGAAAAAUCGAGAGGGAAAAGUUGAAAUGUGCAACGGUUGGAGUGAGCGAGAAAGAGAAGAGAGAAAUGUGUGAUAGAGUCUAUCAGAACUGGGUCGAGGCCAAGCAAAGGGAGCUGAAAUCUCAAAGACUCUCUCGACCAACAACAAGUGUCCCAAAGAAGGACGAGGAGCAAUGUCGGCAGGUGUUUGAGAGCUGGUUGGAGAGAAAGAGAACACUGCACAUGGAGGAGACUAAGAGAGAGAGAAUGAAGACCCAGGAAAUGGAGGAAUCUGCCAAGAAAGCUGACACCAGUGUAAUAGAUGGAGUCUACAAAGAGUGGUUACAGAAGAAAAGGGAGCAAGCUAAAGAAGAUGCAGCUAAGAAAGAACACUAUAGGAAACUGUACUUCAGUCAGCCCCAAAAGCUAAAGGCACACACACGAGAAUGGUAUGGCCAUAAUCUCUUUUUAUAGUCACACAUUGAGAAGUAUAUACACUACAAUAUGCAGUGUAUGCUUCCCUCUAAAGAGAGAGCACCCGACUGUAAAGAAUGCAAAAGCACAGAGAUUUGAGGGUUUCUGACAUUACGCCCUCUUUCUAUCACGAUGCAUACUUUCACAUGCUGAAUUUUGCCAUCAAUUUUUGUAAUAAUUAUGAGCUAGCUCUAGCUGCAUACACAAGUUUAUUCAUUUUGAUCGACAGUGACAUUGAUAAUGAGCUGCAUUGCAUUAUGCGUGUGGUGUGCAUCUAUUAUAGUUUUU